UUCUCAGAACAUAUCUUACAGACGAUUCUUGCGAGUUUCUUGUCACUCGUAUUCGUUGUUUGAAACAUAAAUUUCAAAACAACUACACUUUUGCCCUCGUCUAUUUGGUCUAUACAAUUCCCAGAGCAUAUCUUAUAGUCGUUGCAUGCUAG